AUGUGCGGUGCGAUUGACUUUGUGUACGGCGUGCUGCGAAAUGCCCUCUGGGACGACGCCGCGGUGGCCGAGAGCGGCGCCUUCGCGAAGCGCUUGGCGAAGCAGGCGGAGGGCGAGAGCUUCACCUCGGGGCUGGUAGGCCCUUACCUCGCAUGGCGCUACUCCUACCUUCUGGUGGGGCUCUUCUUUGGCAUUUUAAGCGCGCUGAUGUCCGCUCCCUGGCUGGGACCACGGACACGCUACGAGGAAUUCCUGGCACGUCAGUUGCCUCAAGGAGUGCCACCCGAGCGCUUUGCGGAACUGAUUGCAGCCAUGGAAGGCAUCGACAUAGGCGCCUGGAUGCUGGACAUCUUGGUGCUGCUGGGCGUUAGCUGCUCCUUGUUUCUGGCCGCACCAAGCCGAGCCAUGGUCAACGUGAGGUCCUCCAGGCGGGUGAUUUGGUGCAGCUGGCUGCUCGCCUUCCUGCCAAACUUCUUGCUGUUCCUGGUCUUUCCGCUGCGCGCCAUGGUGGAUUGGAAAGCUAUCACGGCAGAUGUGUGCUUCCAGUCAGUGAUGAACACCCUGACUUUGCCCGGCUCACAGCUGCGAUGGAACCUGAAGCUACUGGAGGAUGCCGGGAUCUUGGAGGAGUCCAUGCAGGGCAUUACUGACGCGCCCCGCGCCUGGUGCAUGGCGCAGGGCUCAAACUGGCACGAGAGCUUCUUCAACCAGUCCGUGCCCUGCGUGUGGCUCGCAGAGGACAAGUGCCGACAAGAGUUUUGCCACCAGGCGCCGGCCGCAUUCUCCAGCCAGUGCCUCAUGGGAUGCGUGCAGUUGGUCUUCACGCAGUUUCAACAAGCGAGACCUGCAGUCAUGGAGGCCAUGACGAAGUGCGACUCUCAGGUGGCCCAGAAGGCCUACAGCCCCACGAACCUCAGGGCCCAAGCCUCGGAUGUGGGCUUCGGCGCCAUGGACGAGGCAGACAUCAUGAACUCCAUGCUGUCUACGCAGCGGCUGACCAUCAUCGGUUUCUCUGAGUCCAUGACCUGGGCCAGCAUUCAGGCGGAGUACGCCGUGGGGGUCUUGGUGUCCAUGAUGGUGGGCCAGAGCCUCAUCGCGGCCGCCCUGGGCCUGGCGAGCGGCUUCUCAGAGGCGCUGCUGAAUCUGAAGGCGAUGUUUCCCGGCAAUCAAGCUGGAGGAUGGCUCUUGAUGCUGUCCACUUUCCAAGUGGUUCCCAUCUACAUGGUGAUUUUUGCCACCUUCCAGCAGCUCCUGGGGGACGGCAUCCUGGCGCUGGCUAUGGCUGCAGCCACACUGUACCUGUCCUUGGGUAUGCACACCGGCUAUCGGAUCACCUCCACUGACAGCGGUGAGAAGGGCCGGUGGCGCCUGUACCGCCUGGUUUGGGUGGAGUAUGGCCUCCGGGGCCUCUUCGCCUCAGCCGGGCUUGCGGCCUUGCUCGUGUGGGUGCUGCAGAAGGGCUUGACCGAGUCCCUGCUGGGCUACAUCCGCGCUGAUCUGCUGACGCCCUUUGCCAUCGCCUCCAUGGUGGCAGACUUCUUUGCGCGGAAGGCGCUGACGGCGGUGGCGGGCACCGACGCCAUGGUCUCCGCCUUUGUGCAGACAGAGACAUGGCGAAUGCGCCAGGAGGCAGAGACCAAAGGAGUCUUGGAGCUUCACAGCUUGGUGGAGGCGAAGGUGUACGAAGUUUCCAGCCUGGGCAAGGAAUAG